UUAAUUUAUUAGGGAAAAAAAUGUAAAAUACAAAAAUUAUCAACAGUUUAUUGUUGUGUUUAUAACGAUCCGAGAGAUUAACUUGAUCAAUGUCGCCACGAGGUGUAUUUUCUUCAAAAAUUUAAAUCAGUUUUAUACUCUACUUUAAUUCAUUCGGUUGAAGAUAUUCUAUAACGCUUAUAUAGAGAAAGUAUUUAUUAAAAAGUCCAUACCUAUACAUAUGAAAAUUUAUAUGAUUUAAUAAUUUAAUUGAAAAUUAAAAAAAAACAAACAUAAUAUGGCAAAUAUACUCGAUUAUAAAGAAUUAAUUAAUAAAACCGAAUGUUUACAAAUAAUUAAAACAGUUACUUCAGAUGAUAAUAAAAUUAAUUUGAAUUUAAAAAAUUUUCAAUUUGAAAUUGUUCCAGCUUCAAAUGAUGUUAGAGGUUAUCUUGGUGAAUAUUAUAAUUUAAGAAUAUCUAUUAAAAAAAAAAAAGCUCAUAAAGGAAAACUAUUUGAGUAUUUUAUAAAAGCUCUUCCGGUUACAAAUGAGUUGAAUAGAAAUCUAGUUGAUGAACUCUGCAUAUUUCCAAAAGAAGUAAAUUUUUACACAGAUUUAUUUAACGAAAUGGAAAAAUACACAACUUGUAAUUGGCAUCCAAAAUGUUAUUAUACAAGACCUGAUCUUCUUGUUUUUGAAAAUUUAACUCAUUUUGGAUUUCGUAACCUUGAUGAUAAUGAACAAAUAACUGAACAACAUUUACAAGUAACACUAAAAUGUAUGGCACAAAUGCAUUGUAGCAGUAUUGUUUUUGAAAAGAAAACUGGAUUAUGCAUUGGAGAAAAAUAUAAAUCUAAUUUAUUUGAAAUAAGUUUAAAUGAUACGACUGGUUGGUUUCGUGCUGGUCUAAUGGCAGUGCGAGCAGCAGCGAAAAAAAUUCCAAAAUAUCAAAAUGAAAAUAUAAACGAAAUAACUCCAGAUCCAGACAAUUAUGAAUUUCUUGAAAAUUUUGCAAAUCCAUCAAAAAUAUAUUUAAAUACAUUUUGUCAUCGGGAUAUAUGGAGUCGAAAUAUCCUUUUUAAAUAUGAUGAAAAUACCAAUAGUAUACCAAAACAAGCAAUUUUUGUUGAUUUCCAAAAUUGUACAUAUUGCCCUCCAGCUAUAGAUUUUAUGAUGUUUUUCGUAUUAAAUCAAAAUAGUGAGGAUAGAAAAAAAAAUUUUGAUUGGUGUACAAAAUUUUAUUACGAUAAUUUAAAGAAUAUGUUAAAAAAUUUCGAUCUUCAAAUUGAUUCUAUUCUAAGUUUUGAUGAGUUUUUACUUACAUGUAAUGAGGGAAUGUUAUUACCAUUAGUAUUCAAAGGAGUUUAUUUACCAUUUAUCAAUACACCAGAUAAUUAUUUUUUUGUUAAUUUACGAAAAAAUGAUCCUGCCAAAUAUGAUUCUUAUCUUAAGAAUAAUCGAGAUGAAUGUGUUUUAAAAUUUAUAGAUGAAAGUGAUGAAUUCCGAAAAAUUAUGUUUGAAACAGUUGAAGAUCUAAUUGAAAAUUUUAUAAAAUAUAAAUGUAAUAAAAAUUUGCAAAAUGAUGCAAAAAAUUGUUGAAGAU